UGGUAGUAUGUUAAGGAAGAAGAAGAAGGAGCAAGAAAACCAUCCAAACUUUCCAAAUUUUGAGUCCAAAAACGCAGCAGCAACUUCAAGGAACAUCCGGAAGGUAUUCCAAAGAAAGUUCGGCGUUGGAAUGUUGAAGUUAGUGAGUUAAUCGUCGGAAUCAUGUUCAUCGACAUACCCGAAAUUCUGGACAGCAACUUUCUAGUGACUUCAGGUCCGAUUUACACUAUUUUACAUAUGUUAAAACGAAAUACUUUCUAUACGAAAGUUAUAGCCUUACGUCUUAGGAAUCCACAAAAUCAAACGGUUUGCGAUUCCGUGAAGAUACGAUGGAGAUAUGCUCAAAAUACCGCAGGCUGUCCAAUUGUGACGGGAAUGACAAAGUUGGUGAAUUUCGAUAUUGUUUUCACUCCCGCUCAACCGUAAGGUAACAAGAAGACAAUGAUGGAAUCAUUUCUGGAGGGCAUUGAGUUAGAGGAGAUGCAACGAUGGCAGGCAAAUGUUUGAUCAUCAGAUUUUAAAAUGUGUCAUGAUUUGAUUAUUAUUCUACUUCCGCAUUACUCUGAAAAUAUUUUUAAAUGGGUCGCGAUCCAGAGUUAAUAGAAAGAAUGAUGUGACGUGAUUCUGGAGGCAGACGGAGGCGAGAUUGUCGGAAUGGAUGUGAUGUGGGCCAACUGGGUUAUAAAACCUGAAAGGGUUCAUCCGGAACCCACUCCCGAGCUUGAGGACGCCUGCGACAAACUUCUCAAGGGUGAUCCUGUGACCGGGAAGCCUUAUGCAAAUGGGGGUUGGGUGUACCGGUUACGCAACCCGGAUGGGGAUGUACUUGCGACCCAUGACGCAGAAGAUGACCGGGCCAACUCCCCAAUGGUCAUGCUAAGGGCAGUUCUCCUCAUCCAGUCCGACGAUGAAGUCCUCCCUGGCGGCCGGUCUCCCAUCACCAUGCCUCCUUCUCCUCCCCAGGCCUCUCAAAAGGAAGGGGAUACAACUUCCCGGUGCACUCCCCUUAACGAUCUCGUCCGGGACAAGAAGGUGAAGUCCCCCACAGCCAUCCAUCUCUCCGAAAGUGACCGGGCAAACUCUCCUCAGGUCGAGGCAAAGACCAAACAGAUCGGUCUUUCUUCUUCCCGCACCAAAUCCCAUAAAAGGAAAGGUUCCCAUAAGACUUCUAGGGGGCAUAAGAAGAAGAAGACCGGGUCGCUCGACUUGGAAGGGGAGUCCGUUGAAGAGGCCUUCUUAGCCUUGAUUAAAAGACUUCAAAAGGUUGGAGUCAUUUAUGAAGAAAUUGGCCAGUCACUCCUUGAACCAAAGGGCCAAGUGUCAGAACUCACCCUCCUCCUUGACUCCACUAAGUUGGAGUUCAAUGACCGGGCUGAGAGGGAGAAGAGGCUGGAGGAAGAGCUGAUGGGGGAAAGGGCCAGGCUAGAGGAGGAGAGGGCCAGGUUUGCCCUUUUGGAGGAGGAAGGGAAGAGAAAGGUCACCGAGGUCGAGGAUGCGCUGGGCCAGGCUGAAGAAUCUUCUUGGGCAAAGGAGGAGGCCUUUCCCUCUGAAGCUGCUGACUGGGCUGCACGCCAUCACACGGAGGUUGUCCGGUCAAUUCUCACUACCCCGGAGGAAACCAUAGACUUCUUCAAAGUCAUGUAUCAGGAGCCGGAGGGGAAGAGGAUGAUUACGGAAAUAGGGUCUUAUGGAUUCCAGUGUGGCCAAAAAGAGGAUAGGUCACUCCUUUACACAAAGCUCUAGAAGAGGGAUCCUUCAUUUGACCCGGCCAAGUUGAAGCUUCCAGCCCUAUACAAGGAAGAGCCAGCCCCCCUUUCCCCUUAGAAUAGGUUAGGGUAGCUUUUGGAUAGACUUUGAAUUUCCCAAGGCCUGGGGGUUGUCCGGCCUAAUAUUUAAUUGUUGUAAUAUCAUCUUUUCUUGGAAUGUCUUUAACUUCCACCAGUCUAUUUGUUUAUAUUUGCAUGGUUGAACAUAUUUUCUCGCAUGGGUAUAGUUUCUUG